UGUUGACCGCAGACCUUGCGGGCCCGUUCCGGUUCUCCCUGGAACCGAACCGUUUGCUUCUUGUGACGAGAUAAUUACUAGUCUAGUGGCUAAAGAUACAUCGAGGUACAAGAGCGUCAGCCAAGCAGCAGCUCAGCCCCAUGCUUCUUUUUCUAUUUCUGCCGACCAAUCGAUCUCAUGAGGUUGCAACUGUAUCAGCUAGUGGGUUAGUCAAAUAAAGAUAUCACUGCCUGUAUUGAUCAGCCAUGGGAACACCACAGCCUCUGACCAUGGUCCUGGACAUGGGGCUUCAUGCGGCGCGGUUGAGUGACAGGGUGGGAAGACCUUGUAGAUAAGGUCAUGUCACAAGAAGAUGGGCAUUCCCAUUGAAGUUUGCAUGACGCUUCCUUCACAUCCAUUGCUUUAUCUAUAUGCAGUCCUCUGUUGUCCCGUCCCAGCAGCAUUAGUGCAGUCCACCUUUUCAUCAUUCCACGAUGCUUUUAAUGAACCUAACACUACUACAUCAUCUUUUUCUGUUUAUACCCAGUGCUUUAGCCGUCUAUGGCAUUAUCAAGGUUGUCUACAACCUCUACUUUCACCCAUUGGCGCAGUUUCCGGGACCAAUAUUGGCUGCAAUUAGCAAUAUUCCAUACUCCCGCUGGUUCUUAUCCGGCAGACAGCCGUACAAGCUUCAUGAACUACAUACAAAAUAUGGGCCUAUAGUCCGCACAGCUCCGAAUGAGCUGUCCUUCAACACGGCAGAAUCGUGGCGCGACAUCUAUGGUUUCCGGUCGGACCACAAGAUCUUUGUUAAGGGCAAAUUCUACAGUGGCGGGAGCUAUGCAGGCAUCGGUACUAGAUCGGUGGUCAGUGAGACGAACCCGCACACUCAUCGACAGAUGAGAUCCUACCUGGCCGGGGCCUUCUCCGAAAGGUCGGUGCUGGAACAUGAGUACUUGGUAUCUGAGAGUGUCGACAAGUUUGUCCGCCUCGUCGGAACCAAAGGUCGAUCCCCAGCCGGGUUCGACAUUUCAGCUUUGCUCGAGAUGCUGACGUUUGACAUCACUGGGGAUCUCGCAUUCGGCAAAAGCUUCGGCUGCCUUGAUAAUGAUAUGUACCAUCCGUGGAUAUCAGUCACCAUCGGGGCAUUAACACAGGGUGCUAUUGUCGAUGUACUGGAUCGCUUUCCAUGGAUAGCUCGCAUCGCUCUCGUAUUGUUCCGUAAGCAGAUCCACGAUCUGACCGAGGAUACUAGGAAGAACGAAGCUAUGUCUCUCGAUGCAGUUCGAAGGCGUAUACUAAGCAAAAGUACACGCAAAGAUUUCUUAUCCCGCAUUUUGACCGAGAGGGAUCCGACUCUUGUGUCUGACCAGCAAAUUGCAGCCCAUGCAUCUGACCUUGUGAUAGCCGGUAGUGACACUAGUGCAAGUGCCCUGGCGGCAUGCAUCUACUACCUACUCAAGGAACCAGUCCCAAUGUACAACCUGGUGACAGAGGUACGAUGUGGCUUUAACCAAUACAGCGACAUCACUGGGAGUUCAACCUCGUCAAUGCAGUACCUGAACGCUGUGCUUCAGGAAGCAUUAAGGUUGUUCCCGCCAUUGCCUCUGGGACUUCCUCGUAUCGUGCCCGCCGGCGGUGCUGUCGUCGAUGAGCAUGUUCUACCAGAAGGUAUCACUGUGUCUACCAACCCACUUGCUGCGUGCCUCUCCUCGGACAACUUUGAAAAUCCUCUCCAAUUCAAUCCAGAAAGAUGGCUGGGAACCAACAGGGUGGAUAAUUGCACGGCAAGCCAGCCGUUCGGCCUUGGAUCCCGCGCAUGUAUCGGUCGCAAUCUGGCAUGGAUGGAGAUGCGGACAACGCUGGCGAAGCUUGUAUGGAUGUAUGACUUUGAGUUUGUUGAUCAAGCGGUAGAUUGGCACAGAGACACUCAAAUGCAUACACUUUGGAGAAAGCCUGAGCUAAGGAUCCGUGCUAGUAGGCGUAGUGCUCACGGCGACGAGAGUUGA